UGCCUGUUGGAAUACAUCAGACUCUAAUUAGCCAUACUGAAGAUCUAAGUUCAAUUAAUCAGAACUACUAUAGCUUCAUAUAGCUUCAAAUGAAGAGUAGACAUUUUCAAGUUUUGUUUCAUUUCUUGCUUGCCUGUUGGAAUACAUCAGCCUCUAAUUAGCCAUACUGAAGAUCUAAGUUCAAUUAAUCAGAACUACUAUAGCUUCAUAUAGCUUCAAAUAAAGAGUAGACAUUUUCAAGUUUUGUUUCAUUUCUUGCUUGCCUGUUGGAAUACAUCAGACUCUAAUUAGCCAUACUGAAGAUCUAAGACCAAUUAAUCAGAACUACUAUAGCUUCAUAUAGCUUCAAAUUAAGAGUAGACAUUUUCAAGAAUGUCUUGAGAUAUUGUGCAUGUGUGCAUGCAUGCACAAGUGCCUAAAAUGUGAAGAAUGCAUUGAAUUGAUAUUAACCUCACAAAUAUAAAAAGUGAAAAUGUUCUUAAUUCUAGAGAUAUCAUUCUAUGUUAGUUCUGAAAGAAUAUCUAAAUCUUCUUUGCUCUUAUUAAUAUGCAUGGGUUUUCCGUAAUUUUGCUUCGGAAAACUAUAUUCCAUGGUCCAUGUUGUUCACCUUUGACAGUAUACUUAAUGGAAGGCAUUUUCAUCUUUUUAAUUGAUACAAGACAGAAGCAGAUGCCUUUUCACCAUAAACUAAUCUAAAAGAUAGAAUCGGAAGAGUAAUUUGUUACAUAAUUUGAUAAAGCUAUUUCAUUCAUGAGCUCAAUCCUUUCUUCACCAGACAUAAUCAGAUUCUAUUUUUUAUUUACUUUUAGAAUGAUUCUUCAGCCAAUAAUCCAUAAUUCGCUAUUUCUUUGUAUCUCAAGUUGCAUGAAUCCAUACUUCUUAGGUUCCUCUUUAUUCCCUUCUUGAGACCCAUCUACCUAGAUCUAACCUUCACUCUUGAGGCAACGUCUUUAUCACUCAGUGGACGUGAUCAAACAUCCUUGACUCCAUAUUCCUCUCAAGAUACUCUUUAAGGGGGAAAAAAUCUCAAGUCCUCAAAUAACAUCUUUCUAUUGAGAGGCAUAGACCCAUGUUGAAGCAGCUAGAACUUUUUACAUCUUCCCAUGGAGCAAUUCUUCUUGUUGCAUUUUGCAGUGGAGAAAUCGCAAAGCAAUUUGGUUUAUCUGUUGCCAAGGAAAUGACACAAGUGAGCGGCCGUGUCCUUGCUCGCCCUGAUCUUAAACUCCGGGAUGCCAGUGGCCAGAUCUCCAAAUUCAGCAUCCAGAAUAAUGACUGCCAAUGGAACCUUCUCAAGAACAAACUGCUAGAAGGCCAGAACCUACAAAAUUGGGGAAUUCUUGACUUCAGCGCACAACCAUCACACUACAAGCAGCAAAGGCUCAACACCGGUGACUUCAUCCAUUACAUCGUCAAACGAUGCCGCAACCUUGGCAUGCAGAUGAACGACCAGCCUCUCUUCGUGCUCGACUCCAGAAUGGCUGUUCUUUGGGACUAUGAUAAGCUUCUUGGAGAGCUUAACAAAGCAAUUCAUGCUGCUGGGGCACAGCAGUUGCAGCUUCUAUUCUGCCCAAUGUCAGACCGCCACCAGGGAUACAAGUUACUCAAGCUGAUCUCUGAGACACAGUUGGGGCUCAUGACCCAGUGCCUCCUGAGCCACAACGCCAAUAAAAUGCAGGACCAGUACUUCGCCAACCUCGCUUUAAAGAUGAAUGGCAAGCUCGGUGGCACCAAUGUGGAACUCUCCGAUACCCUCCCACUAGUGAAAGACUCUCCCUUCAUGUUUAUUGGUGCUGAUGUGAACCACCCCUCAAGCGGGAACACCACGAGCCCAUCGAUCGCAGCAGUUGUUGCCAACCUUGAUUGCCCUGGGAUAAGCCGCUAUGCUACAAGGAUCCGAGCUCAGCCCCACCGCACCGAGAGGAUCAUGGAGCUCAUGGAGCUCGGCGAGAUGUGUCGAGAGCUUGUUGAAGAUUAUGCUCGAGUCAAUGGCAUCAAGCCUCAGAAGAUUGUAUACUUUCGGGAUGGUGUGAGCGAUGGACAGUUUGAUAUGGUUCUCAAUGAGGAGCUGAGAGAUCUCGUGGCGGCGAUUAAAUCGGAUGGCUACUCACCCACGAUCACGGUGGUUGUCGCAAAGAAGAGGCACCGCACUCGCUUGUUUCCGAAGAGCGAACGUGAGCCAUGCACUAGAAAUGGCAAUGUUCCUCCGGGCACUGUGGUUGACACAGCAAUCAUCGACCCAAUGGCAUUCGACUUCUAUCUCAUAAGCCAUAAUGGGAUCCUGGGGACGAGCAAGCCGACACACUACUACGGGCUGCAGGAUGACCAUGGCUUCAUGUCGGACGAGCUGCAGAAGCUUAUAUAUAACCUAUGCUUCACCUUUGCCCGGUGCACCAAGCCGGUCUCAUUGGCACCACCGGUCUACUAUGCCGAUCUUGCUGCCUAUCGCGGGCGUCUGUACUAUGAGAGCAUGCUGGAAGCAUCAUCAUCUGCUUCAUCCUUUCCUGCUCCCACUUCUUCAGGCCAAGGGGGUUUUCCCAAGCUGCAUAAGAAAGUUGAGAAGAGGAUGUUCUACCUUUGACAUCUCUAACAGCUUGGGUUGAAGAGCUUGAGUUCAUGUUCAUACUUAUGCUGAAAGGUUGCUAGUUUGCAAUCUAAACAGAGCACAAGUAUGGUUAGUGGGAACAUCUUAGGAAUAGGUGGAAUGGGUAAAUCUCAAUCUCUCUCUCUCUCUCUCUCUCUCUCUCUCACACACACACACACACACACACACACACGGUUUGGAGAGAGGCAAGUAGUUAUGUCAGGUUGAUUAGAACUAGUCAUGUGGACAAGGAUGAAGUUCUAUCAAAGCUAUGUCUAGUAGAAUGUCAGUGUAUUAUGGUGAUGUAUCUAGUAGAAUGUCAGUGUAUUAUGGUGAUGUAUUUCUCAGACUUUUGGAUUGGAUUGUAGUAAAACAAUUCUCUGGUUUUCUUUUGCUUUA